CAGCUCUUUCUGAUGAUUAGUAUGGGAGGUACCGUGAUCAAUAUCACCAGCCUGUGCGUCGCCACGUUCAGGGGACCCAAGGCAAACGCUCGAGCUAUGCAAAUGGCCCGGUAUGGGAAUGCACUCACCCAUCAGUGCUUCUAUUCUAUUAGCAAGGUGGACAAUAUUGACUAUCUCGUUCAUAAGAAUAUGAUCACCGACGAGGAGGGGCAGCUCAUCAGGAACUUUCGAGGCAAAAAGACCAACCUGAUCGCGUCCUGGCUGCUAGACACGCUGGAAAUGGCGAGGCAUGAGCAGAUGGCAGCGGAUGACAACUGCGGUGUAGACGCGCAGGAAACCAUGGAGAUGAUCUUCAUUAUCCGUGGCAAGGCCUCUAAACUGCAGGAGCUGCAGAAACUACCACCGCCCCUGAGUUACUACCAUUUCCUGGUGGUAACUCUGUACUCGUGGUUGCUCCUUUUGGCCUACAGCACACCGUAUCUGCCCGAGCGCAACUCACGAGUGUGGCUGUCGUUCCUGUGCUACUUCGUAGUGCUGUUCUCGUAUAUGGGGCUCAUCGCAACUGCAUUUGCCCAUGUGGACCCCUGGGGCACAGACACUUCAGACAUUGACGUGUUAACGCGUUUGGAUGGCACUCUGAGGCAGUCGCAACUGAUCUGUGAAGACAAGUUUCACGCCGCAAAACGUGACCUCGAACCCCCGACAACGCCCUUCAAUUCAGAAAUCCUUGAGAACCCUGCCUUAAAAUACAGGACCGUUGCUGAAGAAGAACAGGCGCAAGAAGCGAAGGAGAAUCACAACAAUCUGCCCAGCAUACUACAGGUGCUGCGGAAAAGAUCCACUUUAGUCGACAAGUACUGCCAAACGAACGACAUGUCAGAGUUGGGUGGACUGGUGCUGGAACAUCACAGGCCGAGCUCACCUUCAUUCAAGGACCACCCCGCCAAUCAGAGCACGUCCGUGGACGUACCUACCAAUAAGAAAGAACCGGUAAAGCUCGUGCAGCAACAACCGAAGGAGAGACAGUGCACAAUCCUCCGAUAGUGUAUAGCGGCGGUUGCGAUGUAUCCUCCGUCAAUGCCCUUGAAUAGUUUUGUAGGUAGCUCUGUAGACAAGCCCUAAUAUGCUAAAGUGGACAGGACAGCUCGGUGGACAAGUCCUAAUAUUUGAAAGUGGACAGGACAGCUCUAUUGACAAGUCCUAGUAUGCCAAAGUGAACAGGACACCUCUAUUGACAAGUCCUAACAUCCUAAAGUGGAUAGGAGAACUGUUCGGAACAUACUAGUACUAUAGCCCGCACCCAACUACCACGCAGUGGGCUCUAGGGUCAGUGUAUGGCUUAUCUAUGCAUUGAAGUUGUCAAAUUCACAGCACCUUACCUACCUAGUACGACCUAUCAUCAGGGUCGCCAAGCCAUUCAAGUACACUACGAGGCACAGGCAAGCGUAUUGUAUAUGUUUGGGUAUCACCAUGGCAACCUUAGGAUAUGCUAUGGGACGUGGUCGGAAGAGUGUCCUAGAAUUGAAACGAGGCGCUGGUGCUGUUGUUACAGCAGCCAGGUGUCUGAACGUACUCCAUAGACAUACAACCGCAUAACACCAC